UUGGAGAGUCAUCUAAAAUCAAUCGUAUAAAAAAAAUUAGUUUUUUAGAUAAUCCUGGGCCUGAUCGAAGCUUUUUUUCAAAAGUUAACAAAAUGGUGGACUCAGGAAUUUUUUUCUUGAUUUUCGGGAAAAAAUCAACGGUUAAUUGGUCUUAAAAAAUCGAAAUUUUUGAAAUAAAAAUCCUUCGAACAGGCCUGAGUUUAUUAUGUACUCUAAAAGCUGUAUGAACUUCAUUUAAAUCUACUGAGCGGUUAUCGAGUUACAGUUGUCACCAGUUCAAAACACGUCGGUUUGAGAUAAACGCAUUUAAAGUAUCACACUAGCUUUUUGGUUUGCCCGAGCAUUGUUAUUUGUCGAAUAACUCGAAAAGUAAUGAUCGGCUCAAUUUCAAAUUUUUAGAGAAUAUUUUUAAGAUAUUACACUUAACGUAAAUGCAAAAAAAAAAUUGAUUUUUUUGAGAAUCCUGACUACCCUAACCCCUUAAGUGGCAACUCUCUUCAAACAAUAUUUUUAAUUUUCACUAAAACUUCUUCUUGAAUUGUUUCUAAAACUUCUUCAGCCUGUAGUUUUCUAUUUCUUAAUAUUUUUUUUAAUUUUACAUAUAAAAUUGGCCAGGUGGCAACCAUCUAUAUAUUUGUUUUAACACUUUCCUAAUACUCGAAAAAAAAAUCCGCUACGUAGAUUAUUCAUCAAAUUAUAAACCGUAGUAAGAAAUUUCGUCUUGUCACACGCUCCGUAAAAUUUAAUAGCGUAUCUAAAAAGUAUACCGUUAAAUAGAAAUCUUUAAAAAUGUAAGCAGCUCGUGUAUCGACGCUAGUUUUACUAAAACACCCAAUCUUUAUUCAACGCGUUCGCAAGCGCCGACCUUUUUCUUAAAAAAUUGAAGCAGUUACCUCGAAGUCAAUCCUUAAACUCACAAUGUUUAUAAAAAUAGUGGUAAUAUUUGCUGUGUUGCUGCUAAUUACGGGUGUGAAAUGCCAACAGAACGAUACUGAACUCAUUACGACAACUAUUGAUGAGUCGGUAGAAAAGAAAGUGGAGUUAAAGAACCAAGAAGAACCUGCAAAAGAUGUAAUCUCUGAUGCGGUGGCACUAAAGAAGCAAGCAUUUGAAAAAAAUGAUGUUGAAAAUGAUAUAACCGCUGAUUAUAAUGAUUAUAAGUCUGAUUCGUCUAUUAACUAUUCGAACUUUGAUUCGUACUCUCAGUUGUCAACUUGUAUUAGUUCUGAUGAGACUGAUUGUAAUGAAUCUGUUAGCUCUGAAGAAGAGUUUAAUCGUUGUGAUUGUGAUGAUUGAUCUGAUUCAAAUUAUUAAAUUAUAUAGAACAGUAUUUGAUGAAAAUGAGAAUAAAUCCAUAAUAAUAUUGAUGAUGAUUAUUUUCACACUGUA